AAAGGGGGACUAAUCAUAAGGCGAACUCAAUACCCGUUCGUCUGUGACGUCAGAAUGGAGGAAAAAAUGUUGUUGUUUAACAGAGCCAUCUGUGAAGUAGAAAUUCAACUGUAGGUGAAACACGCAAUCGACCCGUUCCUCGUUUUAGUACGCAAGUUUGUUGUCAAAUGCCAAGUGGCAGGUCAGAGGGAAGAAGAAGACUAGAUCGAAUGGCGAUUUUGUGUUGCUUGGCUUGGCUGCUCCCGCGUUCCCCUUAGUCAUUAGACCUCAAUUCAAUUAGCUGUAAAUAGGCUGUAUCUGGCUAAACAUCCGGCCUCGUUCCAAUUAACUUGCGUAUCGUGUGUGUCGCCCAGUCGGGCGGUGUGGCAUUUGUUUGCGUGGUUGGUCGACAGUCCUAACAUUUUUUUUUUCCACUUUCCGUUUUCCCUCUUGGUUUUUUUCUUUUCACAAGCAUUUAAUAAAAUGCGUCACAUCAGUGGCAGCCUAUUCGUCAAACGGCGAGAUUUUCAGAUGAAACAAUGGAAUUCCGCCCAUCCUGCAGCCUCUUCAUUUGUUUGUUGACUCACUUUUCCCAAACUGUUUACUUUAGUGUGGGUCAGGGAGGGGAUAGAGCACUAGAGCUCUUACUCAACCUCUCCCUACUGUGAAAAGAGAUUUACCAGAACUCAGCUCUCUAUACUGUUUCUUGUUGUUGUUGCAAAAUUCAUUCCCCCCCCCCUGGCUCCAGUAGUGUUGAAAUUCCUUUUCCGUCUGAUACCCUAAUGGGAUGUCUGCUCCAUUCCUGUGUCUGUUGCCGGUCAGUGUUACCAUAAUAGAAUUAUGGCUUCAAUAAGGCUUCUUUUGGAUAGAAAUUUCCCAAUGUGAUCAGUACAGUCCAACACCUGAAGCCAAGUUUCAUGUGCCAAAGAGUCGGUGAAUUCAGGUCUAUUUAUCGUUUUCACCAUGUUGAUUAAAGAAUAUAGAAUACCCUUGCCUCUUACUGUUGAAGAGUACAGGAUUGCCCAACUCUACAUGAUAGCUAAGAAAAGCAGAGAAGAGAGCUGUGGCGAAGGCAGUGGGGUUGAGAUUUUAGUCAAUGAACCCUACGCUGAAGGCCCAGGUGGGGCGGGACAAUAUACUCACAAAAUCUUCCAUGUUGGCAGUCAUCUGCCUGGUUGGCUCAAGGCUCUGUUGCCCAAAUCUGCCUUCAUCGUGGAGGAGAAGGCCUGGAAUGCCUAUCCCUACACCAGAACUCGCUACACCUGUCCUUUUAUUGAAAAGUUUAGUCUGGACAUUGAAACUGUCUACCGUGAGGAUUGCGGUGACGUUGAAAACGUCUUUAAACUUAGUAAAUCGGAGCUGAACGAUCGAGCCGUCGAUUUGAUUGAUGUAGUGAAAGAUCAACUGCCCACAGCUAGCGAUUACAUCAAAGAAGAAGAUCCCUGCGUCUACGUUAGCCGCAAAACGGGCAGGGGGCCUUUAAGUGAUUCUUGGAUUCAGGACUACUGGCGCGAAUGCAAGGGCCAAAAAUUGCCUCUGUCGAAUGGCAAGGCAAUCAUGUGCGCCUACAAACUAUGCCGAGUUGAAUUCAAGUACUGGGGAAUGCAGGCCAAGAUCGAACGGUUCAUCCACGACAUUGCUCUAAGGAAAACGAUGGUGCGAGCUCAUAGACAGGCGUGGACUUGGCAGGAUGAAUGGUUCAACCUAACAAUGGAUGACAUCCGCGAACUGGAAAGACAAACGCAGGAGGCGUUGGCCAAGAAAAUGGCGUCAGCGACGACCACGACCAGUGAUGGUGGACUGGAACAACAGCAAUACGAGGAGCAAAAGAAUAAUAGUGUCAUACCAUCAAGUAUGGUGCCAGCAUCCCCAAACAUCAGCGGGGAAGAAACUGUGGACAAGGGCAGCCAGCCGGUAGUUGCAGCGGUACCACAGGGAGUUGUUGCCACCACAUCAUGGCCCAUGUCUUGCAUUUCCGAGUCGAGCAGCGAUGACGACGAGUUCUUUGAUUGCCAAGACUGGCGUUCCGGUCAGGCAGGAGGAGCUCUGUCGCCUACCAUGGUUCGUUGGAGCUCGAUGGAAUUGGUUCCGCAAGGCGAAGAUGCUGACGAGUUGCUGGAUCCGGCCGACAGAAUCCAGGACGAACGAAUCGAAUUUCGCUCGUUGUUUCAGGAAAGAGACAGUAUCUUCUCUGCUGGUUACUUGCAACGACAUGCCAAUCAACGCCGUCCGUCUCGUAAACUCGUCAACAAUUUUUUACGAGCCAGCGGAAGUGGCCGUUCUCAAUCGCCUAGUAGCACCGCAGGGGGGACGUCGUCACAACAAACUCAUCCUGCCAGUGCUCUCAUUUUAGUGUUUCAUGGGGGCACCGUGCUGGACGUCUCAUCCGAACUGGCCAAUAAAGCCGCCGAUUUGGCCACGUUCCGCAGCAAUUUAGAGGCCGUCAUCCGCCAACAUUUCCCCAGUUUAUGCUCGGGUCGUCUGGCCGUCCGUCUCGUCUCGUGCCCCACAUUGUGCCCAGAUGCAAUCACCGUCCUCAACAGUUUGUCUUGCUCUUCUUCCUCGAUGUUAGAACAAGGUGGAUCGUCAGCUGUUCCACCUCCGCCAGACGCUUCUCAUCCGAUGAUGGCCACGUCGGAUUCGACGGCAGCUGAUCCUUCCGUUCCAGUUAGUAGUGUUCCAGCUUCCGCCACCAGCUGCUGGCCACCCCUUGGGUGUUUGCCACUGUUCGCCGCCUCGUCGCCGGAAUAUGCCGACACAGUCAACCGGACGAUUAUGGCGGCCAAUCUUGCCUAUUCAGAGUUCCUCAAAUCGCCGGAAGGUAGCGGCUUCUCCGGCUCAGUAGCCGUGGUAGCUGACGCGGCUGGAUCCGUCCUCCUUUAUGACGCCCUUUGUAAAUCUUCGUCAUCAUCCGAUUGUCACGACGGCGGAGUUGGCGACAUUCACUCGCAUUUCGGUGGCAGCGACAACAGCAUAGCGGAAGAACCCGAUCAACUGCAACACAGUCCAGGAGUGGUUUUCGAAGAGGAUAAGAAAACCGACCACUUCUCCCUUGGCAUAUCCGCCUCCUUUAAGAAUACGAGAACUCAUCAUCUGCAAGCGCCAAGCAAUCGCCGGGCGUCGUCCGCCUCUGCCGGUGAACAGGGUCCAGGCCGUUGUAUUUCAACUACUAGCAAAAAUUACCUAGAUUUUGAAGUUGGAGACUGUUUUCUACUAGGCAGCCCUCUCGCACUGGUCUUGGCUUUCCGGAAGUGGAGUCAUAGUCAUGGCCAACAUUGGCCCCGCCGUCCGCAUUGUCACGGCAUUUAUAAUUUAUUCCAUUCAAUGGAUCCUCUUUCGGCUCGUCUGGAGCCGCUUCUAUCGGCCCGUUUUGCAAAUACUCGACCCGUCUCUGUUCCCCGUUAUCAACGCUAUCCGCUAGGCGAUGGCAAAUCCGCCAAUUUGAUCGAUUUUUUUCAAAACAAUCCUCAAUUGUUUCAAGAAUCGACUGCGUCACCCCACCACCAACAUCACCAGAUGCUCGAUAACAACGGAUUAAGCAAACGACGGCAAUCGGAUGGAUCCUUUGUCCACGGAAGUAACAAUAGUCUCGGAUCAGAUUCUCUGGCAGCUCAAAUGUCAUCACUUUCGCAGCGCUGGUGGGGUAGUAAACGACUGGACUACGUUUUCUACUGCCCGGAUGGUUUGACUUCUUUCCCGCCUUCCGCGCUGCCUCAUUUACUUCACGCUUCCUUCUGGGAGUCUGCCGAUGUAGCGGCUUUUAUCCUUCGCCAAUUGAUGAGACUGGACGGAAGCGUUGGGGGAGGAGGUUCGGCUGGAUCUGACGAUUAUUACAGUGACAUAAGGGACGCCAAUGGUGGAUCGUUGCCGUUCAGUCCUUCCACCCCAUGCGAGAAAUGGAUGCGCAAACGAACGUCGGUGAAAAUUAAGAAUAUCGGUGCCAAUCAUCGAGCAAACGAUAUCAUUGUCAACGAAACGAUGCCUCAGGUUAUUGUAGCCAGGUUUAUGUACGGGCCGCUGGAUAUGGUGGCGUUGACUGGCGAGAAAGUGGACAUUCACUUUUUGCGGGAUGCAAAUAAUAGCGAAUGGGACCUCAUCGCCACGGAAGUGACGGACAAGACUGGUCGAUUGGUCUGCACUUUGCCGCCGGAUCGUAGUCUGCCGCUUGGACUGCAUCCCAUCAAAAUGGUUGUCCGCGGUGACCACACCUACGCCGAUCUGUACGUGGCCGUUUUACCUGCGCGGACGCAGGCUGUUGUCUUCAGCAUCGACGGAUCGUUUACGGCGUCGGUGUCGGUGACUGGCCGCGAUCCCAAGGUGCGGGCUGGUGCCGUGGACGUUGUGCGACAUUGGCAAGAGCUGGGCUACCUGAUCAUUUACACGACUGGGCGACCGGACAUGCAGCAGCGUCGAGUGGUCUCUUGGCUGGCGCAGCACAACUUCCCUCACGGCCUGUUGUCCUUUGCCGAUGGCUUGAGCACCGAUCCGCUGCGCCACAAGGCCGACUACCUCAAGUUGUUGAUCAAUGACGUUGGAUUGGAAAUCAGGGCAGCCUAUGGAUCCAGCAAAGAUAUUAGCGUCUAUACGAGCGUCGGUAUCAAACCGGAGAACAUUUACAUUGUGGGAAAAGUAUCACGGAAACAUCAGGGCCAAGCCCAGUCUCUUAUUGAAGGUUAUGCCAGCCAUUUGUCAAAUUUGGCUCUACAUCAAUGCCGGCCAGCUCAGAUCAAUCCUUAUCUCUUGCUACCCAGAGGUUGCCUGUCUCUACCCGGCCACGGAGCCCCCCUUUUACGUCGAAGAUCGGCUAAACGUGCAACAUCAUUUCCGAUCUCGACGGUCGUCACUGGAGUUAUUUACACAACGUCAUCGACAGCGACCAUGGUGGCGACAACAGCCGUCACCAAUGCUCCAACGCUGGCCAAAUCCAGCUGAAUGAGGUGUAACUCCAGAAAGGACGAGGAAAAUUAAAGAAGAAUAAAAUUAUGCAGCCAAAAAAUGUUUGCCAACAUCAACUUGAACCCUUUUGUCUCUCUCUCUCUCUCUCUCUCUAUCUCCAUUUCCAUCUCCAUCUCCAUCUAUCUAUCUAUCUCGUGUUUAAUGAUGUAGUUAACUGUCGUCUUUUUUCUCUAAAUCUCAUUCCACCUAUCUUCAAUAUCUUCAUGUUAGUCGGUCUUUGUGUUUGUGUCUGUCUAGCCGACUUGAAAUUUCAGGAAUUCUCUCUUUUCGUUUUCUUGUUGUUCUCGUUCUCCUAUCCCCACUCUUCUCUCGUCGACGAUGGCUGGCUUGACGUUUGGUUCAGGGCUCUUAAUUUAUUACAUUGGGUUAAUGGCGAGAUAAUUUCAAAGAUUUGCUCCAACUAUUCAAGUAUUUAUUCAAUGGCUGAAAGGCCUUUUCCUCCAUAUAAAUGACUUUUCGCUUGUCUUGUCGUUUCCUUUUUCUUGUGUGGAGAAGGCAGUGGUCGAGACAACGUUCUGUAAUAAUAAGUCAUUGGCGCUAUUCAUGAUCUUGAAAAAGGAUUAACUCAUCCGUGUUCACUACACCCUCUGAUUCAUUUCGUUAAAAAACUAAAUUUUCUUUUUGGCAUUGAAAGGGUAACUCUUUUUUUGUUUUGUUUAUGCAAAAGAACUUGUCUGUGAGAGCUGUACGGUGAUUUUCCCAUCAUUUGUUUUUGUUGUGAUGCUUCGACCUGGCUGACGAAGGUGAUUCAUUUCAAUAACAUACUACGUAUAUAUAUAUAUAUAUACAUACAUAUAUAAAUAUUGUAUUAUUAUUAUUACCACUCAUUAAUAAUAAUAUUAUUACCUGUAUUUACGUAACAAAAAAAAAUGUGAAAACAAAAAAAUAAUAUUUUUGUUGUCUGCUGUUGAUUUCAUUUUGAUCUGUGGCUUAUUAAUCAAUCCAUCAUUUGCAAAUUUAUUAGUACUAACUGUUUUUGUUUCUCAAUUUCUGUCCUUUUUGGUUAUUGAUGUAUGUGCGUAUGUCCUGUAUUUAUUCGUCGUUAACAAUUCCUAUAAUACGUCAUACUACUACAUACAUAUAUAACUAAUAACAUCAAACAAUAAUAAUAAUAACAUUUCUCGGUGAAAAAUCAA